CCUCAUCGUUAGCCCUAGUAAUAAAGGGGUGAUUAAUCUUCGGUGUGCCAAAGAUAGCCGAAUGUUCACGUUUGGGAUUACAAAUAGUUAUUGAGAAUUGCCGAGGUGUACCUACAACAAUAAAAAAUGUAAAUUAGAUGUUUGUAUUUGUGUUUAAACUCAACAGAGAAAUUUAAAAUUCUAAAAAUUAAAAACUAUUCUAUUUGUUGUCCUAUUAACCAAUCUUUGGAAUUCCACAAAAAAACAAAUAAAAAACGAAAAAAAUUAGUAUACAUGCAAAUAUUGGUUUUCCAAAUUUUGCAAAUAUGUCAUUUAUGAAAAAGUGGCAAAAUAGUGUCAAAUGCAGUCAGAAUUGUUCAAUCAUUAACAAGAAUGGAGAGAAUCUCAGUUGUAAGUACCUGGGCCACAGCUUGGAUGAACCCAAUCAUGACAAAGUCUGCAAAGAGAGAAAUGAAAAGAACCCGAAAAGCCGCAUUAAAAUGAAUUGCAAGGAAUGUAAAUUGAAAAAUCGCUGCGAUGUGGAACCCGAUUCGAUGGGCUCGGCCGUAGCUCUAACCUGUUCCCAUGCGCCUUUAGUGCGACGCUGCGAUUGCCUCGAGGAGGAGUUGCAUGCCUCAACAAUUGCCCAGGACUUUGCCACGUAUCUCAAGGCGUUCGCUUUGAUUUACGUACUGCCCGAGGAGGAGUGGCGCACCGAGAACAUUGAUAAACUGCUCAUCGAGGGUGAAGAGCUAUUCCAAACUAGCUCCGAGGACACCGCAGAUGGGCCACAGCACAAGUCCUCCAUCUACAGCAGCAUUGAGCAGCACAUCAAGCGCAGUUUCAAAUUGGAGGGCCAUGACUUCACACUCGAACUAAGGUCGCCCUAUUUGGGCAAUGAGGACGAGGCAAUGGAUCUGCGGCCACCGCACAUUAUGAAGAAUCUUAAACAGGUGAUGCGCAGCUUCUUUCAGAAUGCCCAUUACUGCCUGCUGUUGCACAAGGCGGGCUAUCUGCUGAUCUGGCGGCGGCGCCUGUUGUACUUUGUGAUGGACGUUAAGGGUCGGCGACCCGAUGAUUUGGUCAGCGUUCGACCUGGUGUGGCCAUGCUGGUCUGUCUACAGACCCUGGACAAUGUUGUCCAUCUGAUAAGCAAUCGAAGUGACGAUAAUCCGAACGGCGAGUUUAGCAUACGUGAGCUGGCCGUGGUGCGACUGGUUACCCCCGAUGGCCGGACAUUUCUGCGGGAUACCAAUCAGCGCGACCUUGAGUAUAAAGUCAUCAGUAAUGAUUAUGCCUAUCUCAAGAGCAAUCUGCAUCUCUCGCUCAAUCCGGAGGCAGCAGUGCGCAAUUGCUGCAGCAUUAUUGUGGGCGUGGCUGGCAUAUUGGCAUCCCACAUCGAUCAUCCCGCCUCAUGGAAUACGAACAUGUUUGAUCGCCUCAUCUGCUAUGGUGUCGAGCUCUGCCGCAGUUGCUGGGGCGCAAAUGUGAAGGAUCGUUUGCCCAUUAGUCUGGACAAGUUUCCCACACAGCUGCGCCUUGGACAGUUUGUUGCGGAGAUAAAGCUUAUGCCGGAAAUCUCCAGUGGCCAAUGGCGUUGUGGCUUCACUUAUCAGGGCAGCGAUUUUGAAUAUAACAUCCGCCAUAUCCUGAGGGACUUUGGCAACGCUUUGUUCCAGAUCAACAAUCAAAUGUAUGCUCUGUGGUGCAAGGACAACUUUUACUAUUUGCUCGAUCCCUAUCGGCAUAUAGUGGUCGGUCAGAAGGCGACCAAAGAUGGUAACAACUCCGUCAAAUGGGCCACGGUGCGCAUGUUUCGGGAUUUGACUACCAUGCUCAAUGUAUUUCAUCAACUGCUUAAGGAGUCCAAUCGGCAUUCGACCUUUCAUAUUCACGUGCUGCGCACCAAGAAUAUAGCAAAGUGCCCCCAAGGAUUGGCAUUGAAGCCAACGCCCGAUGAUGCCUACUGUGUGGUAAAGCCGCUCAACGAGCCCAUCAAUUUCCCACAGCAGCUGUGCCCCUGUGAUAAGCUCCUGGUUGAGAUAAGCGACUAUGAGCCGGAUGUGAUAAGUACGACAGAAGACACAGUCAACUUUACGGUCGAUACUCAAUAUUCUGGUGAGGAUGGGGGUGGCUUGGAGCAGGUGGAGGUGGAGAUUAUAAGGCCUGCCAAGCAAGCCACUAAAAGCAAGCCUCCAAUUGCGAAACCAAGUGCUAAACGGCAACCGUCGCCGGCCAAAAAGCAAGCAACAAUACGUCAAAAAAGUGGGUCUACCAAAGUGGAAGAUAAGCUGAGCGCUUCGCGAAAUAAACAAAAGUCCGGUCCUGCGAUUGGAUCCAAGCCAAUCGAAACGGAAAUGAAAGCACCGACUAGAAAUAUGAGCACCAAAGUGCCGCAGCAUGUGGAAACGCCUCUGGCGGAGGAUAAGUUUUCCGAACUCGACGCCAAGCUCUGUGCCAGGUAUCGCCCCAUCAAUGUUAGACAGUUCAGGCUUGAUAAUUGCAGUCGCUGCCAAUGCUCAAAGUAUACCUCAAAUCAGACAGAAACUGCCGAUGCUUCGACGAGCUGUCAGCCCGUUGCAGCGCCACAGAAUAAACAUCAUUUGGAGGCAGGUGCUGAAACUGGAUCGAUAUCCUAUCCCGUUUAUACCAAAUAUCCGCAUAAUCUGGCCGUCGCUGGUUCCGAAAGCGGCACCAUGGAGAGCCUGAACCGUCUGCUGGACUCCGCCUUCAAAGUAACCAAACGGGUGCUCACCAUAACUCCUUGGGGCAAUUAUGUGGUCUUUAAGCAGCCCGACCGGACUCGAGAUUCGCCAAAUUGCUUAGGGUUUUACGUAUUCGAUGGUUGCACCUGCAACAUUGAUCGCUUUAGACAUUUGGAUCUGACCAAUGGCACCGCCGGCCUGUUGCCCUUCCAGACACAAUAUGAGGUGGUUUGUUUUAUGAUUGACUCACGGGAAACGAAAGCUUUGAGAAUGCUGCGCACUCGACUGGGUCAGUCCUCACCGCAGUUCGAGCAGUUCCUGGGUCGUGGAACAUAGAUGCAAAUAAAAUCGGUUUUUAAAUUUUUUUUUCCUUUUAACAUUUUGAAACUUCCAAAUCUGUUGUCUUGUAAAUACGAUCCAUUUAAUUCAAUGGGAAUGUAAAUGAAUCUGGGGUAUCUCACGUGUGAUUAUAAAGACUCGUAAAAGAUUCAGACGAUUUACAGGGCUUACUCGAAAAGGGAAGCCUCUAAGUGAACCAUGUAUAAAUCUAUUGAAGGUCGAUCAGUAAAUACAUAUCUUAAAUGAUUA